CAAUCCCAAGCUGAUCCGCAUGCAAUGAGAUGAACUCAGUAGCUAGCUUAAUCCACAUUAAUCACUUGUAGCAAUUUGUUACACCACUCUGGCAUCACCCGCGCACGAUGAUCGCACUACUCCCCCACCUCCUUCUGCUCCUUGUUGUCUCCGCCCCGACGUCUACGUCGGCCGGGGGGGCGCCUCCGAUGUACCGCGACUGCCCGAACACGCCGGGCGGGACGUACGCGCCGAACAGCACGUACUGGGAUGCCCUCAACGCCCUCGCCGCGGCGCUGAUCAAGAAUGCCACCGCCUUCGGCUCGGCCGCUGGUUCGGCCGGGGCCGCGCCCGACGUGGUCUACGGCGUCGCACUCUGCCGGGGGGACUCCAAGGGCUCUAUCUGCACCGAUCGCCUCACGGACGCCUUCGCCGCAGCCAUGAACAAGUCGGACAGCCCCAUCUGCGAGCUCCACAGGAACGUGACCCUCUACUACGAUCGGCACCAGCUGAGCUUCUCCGACCGGGACUUCCUGUCCGGCUACGGCAACGAGCCGGAGUGGCCCGAGAACAACACCAACUUCGUGAACGCCUCCGUGGCCGGGCCGUUCCGGGCGCGCGUCGCCCAGCUGCUGAACGCGGCCGCCGACGCCGCGGCGAGCCGGCCGGACAGGUACGCGGCGGGGGAGUCGUGGUUCGAGGAAGGGGGCAAACCGGUGUACGCGCUCGCACAGUGCACCAGCGACAUGGCCCGCGAGCGCUGCAGAGCCUGCCUCCGCGGCGUCAUCUCGGGGAUGCCGCGGAAGCUGAACGCCAGCCAGAUAGGCGGGAGAGUCAUCGGGGUGCGCUGCGUCGUCCGCUAUGAGAUGGAUCUCUUCUUUCAGAUGGACAACAUGACGCUGCACCUUGGCAUGCCCAACCCACGAGCAAGGUCAGAACUACAAAAGCUGUCCGUGGCGAUACAGAAUGUGAUAACUCUCUGGAGGCUAGAAGAAGGCAACUCUGGGUUCUCAUUGUAUGAUUUCUCUGAAAUUAAAACUGCAACAGGUGACUUCUCGAACGAAAACAUGCUCGGACAAGGUGGUUUUGGCUCCGUUUAUAAGGGCGAGUUACGUAACGGACUUGAAGUAGCAGCGAAAAGGCUUGCAGCGUGCUCUGGACAAGGCCUCCAUGAAUUCAAGAAUGAGAUACAACUUGUAGCAAAGCUUCAGCACAGGAAUCUGGUCAGGCUGCUGGGAUGCUGCAUCCAGGGAGACGAAGAGAAGAUACUUGUGUACGAGUAUAUGCCCAACAAAAGCCUGGACAUGUUUAUCUUCGAUAACGUUAAGCGACAUGUGUUAAACUGGCCUAAACGCCUCCAUAUAAUCGAUGGGAUAUCGCAAGGUCUGCUCUACCUUCACGAGCACUCGACGGUUUGUGUUGUUCACAGGGACUUGAAAGCAAGCAACAUUCUCCUGGACAGCGAGAUGAACGCGAAAAUUUCAGAUUUCGGCAUCGCCAGGAUAUUCUGCUCAAACGCCACGCAGUCAAGUACCACUAGGAUUGUGGGCACCAUUGGCUACAUAGCCCCCGAGUAUACCUUAGACGGUGUUUGCUCGGUCAAAUCGGAUGUUUUCAGCUUCGGCGUCCUGGUUCUGGAGAUCAUAAGCGGGAAGAAGACGAGUGGUUCCUAUCAGUACAAAGGAAAAUUGUACUGCCUCAUUGCAUAUGCUUGGCAGUUGUGGAGGGAUGGCAGAUGGCACGAGCUGAUCGAUCCUUGCUUGGGAGACGGACACCAUGCGACGUUGAAACGGUGCACCCAGGUGGCACUUCUGUGCGUGCAGGAAGAAGCAGGAGAUCGGCCGCCCAUGGACGAGGUGGUUAAGCUGCUGAGCAACGGGGGCGCGAGCUUGCCCGAGCCGAAGCAGUCCGCCUACUUCAACGUCCGCCCCGGCGGCGCAGCCGACGCUCCGCCGUCGUCCGAUAUCAGCAUAAGCACGAUCACCUUACCGAGAUGA